AUGUUGCCUUCUCUUGUGGUUCCUGUGUUCGCCGGACACGGUACCACCGCGAUCAACUCGACAUUACUUAGAGAACGCGCUGCUGCCGACGCUUUAUUGCCGUCAGGCGCUCUGCUCCUUGACGCUUGCCACUACGCCUUUAACGUCGAGCUCUCCACACUUUCCCCCUCAGAAGCUUUGGCCGUGGGCAUCAAUCCUGAACACUUCAAGGACCCGAAAUCUCUCAUUUUACUCCCCAGUCAUGAACCGUAUCUCACCAAUUCCGUCGUCACUGCAGCCACCCUGUUCCUGGUACAGACAUUGCGGUACCUUGCUUCUGUGCAAGCUACUUCGUCGACAUCGUUCAUCUCAUCAUUGCAGACGAACAGUGAACACGGUCUUGGAAUAGUAGGCUUUUCGUCUGGUAUCCUACCAGCAUGCGUUGUAGGCUCUUCGGAAACCGUUCUCGAAUUCAUCUCCAAUGCUGUGGAGACGUUCCGUCUCGCCUUUUGGAUCGGAGUUCGCCUGCAGAUACACAAAGCGUCGGUCCAGACGCCCGAGCCUCUGCCAUGGAGCCUAGCAUUCUUGGGCAUGAGCCCUGCUGCAGCCGAAAGCGCCAUCCAGACUUUUCUCAAGUCGUUUGAAGGUACACCAGAGCUCCGCGUUACAUCAGUCAUGAGCGAGACCUCAGUCACCAUCUCAGGCCGUCCCGACAUUCUCGCUACUUUUGCGGCCCAGCUCCCUCCUUCCGGUCCAGUGCACAAGACAACUGUAGAUGCACUCUAUCAUUCUUCCUCGCACCAUGACGGAGUGCGAAAUCAGGUUCUCGCCGAUGUAAUAAGCCGCAACAUUCGUUUCCCAACGCAUACAGACAUCAAGAUUCCAGUUCGCUCGACAUAUUCUGGCGAACUCCUUAGCAAAAAUAUUAAGGGAUCGCCGUCGUUUGUUGAGCAGGUUGUGGACAUGAUCCUCACACAACCCGUCAACUGGGAUAAGGUCACUGACUCUCUUGUCCGUGCGGUGCCCGAAGGAAGCGGUGUCCAUCUCCUCAAUUUUGGACCUGGUGCUGGUUUAACGAAGGGUAUAGAACGACUCUUCUCGUCGGAUAACGUUUCCUCGACUGAUCUAUCGAGUGAACCUGUUCGUCCAGCUACACUUCAGACGCCAUCGUCUGUACAGGAGCCUAUCGCCAUUUGCGGAAUGUCCGUCAAUAUACCGGGAGCUCCGAGCGUUGCGAAACUUUGGGAAGUUCUGGAGAAAGGUAUUAACACUGUAUCUGAGGUUCCUGAACAUCGGUUCAAGGUGUCGGACUACAAUGAUCCGAAGAAAAAAGGCCGUACCAUGGGUGCUCACACAGGAAAUUUCAUAGACGAGCCAGACGCGUUCGACAACAAGUUCUUCAACAUUUCACCGCGCGAAGCACGUAGCAUGGACCCGCAACAGCGUAUUCUCCUCCAUACAGCUUACGAGGCUCUAGAGGACGCAGGAUAUGUACCCAACUCAACGCCGACAAAUGACCCGGAGACGUUUGGUUGUUACGUCGGAGUUGCCACGAACGAUUAUGUCCAGAAUUUGAGGAACGACAUUGAUGUUUAUUAUAGCACCGGAACCUUACGAGCCUUUCUGAGCGGCCGUAUUUCCUAUGCGCUGCAGUUCAGUGGUCCUUCGAUCGUCGUUGACACAGCAUGUUCUUCAUCUCUGGUUGCUGUAUAUCAAGCAUGUCGUGCUCUUAUGAACCGAGAUUGUAAUGCUGCUAUUGCCGGUGGAGUCAAUGUCAUCAGCAGUCCGGAUAUGUUCCUCGGCUUGGAUCGAGGCCAUUUUUUAAGCCCAACUGGACAAUGCAAAGCUUUCGACGCUUCUGCUGACGGCUAUUCUCGCUCAGAGGGCUGCGGGAUAUUCGUCCUAAAGCGUCUCUCGGACGCGAUCGCCGAAAAUGAUCAGAUUCUCGGUGUCAUCCGCGGAGUCGAAGUUAACCAAUCUGGUAACGCGUACUCCAUCACCCGUCCUCAUGCUCCUACGCAAGAAAACCUCUUCACGCAGGCUCUCGAGCGAUCCGGUCUCGAUGCUUCUCGUAUCAGUGUUGUGGAGGCCCACGGUACCGGAACGCAAGCCGGUGAUCCCAUCGAAUUAGAGAGCAUACGCGGUAUAUUCGCCAAGCAUAGAAAAGCGAACAACCCACUCCAUAUCACCUCCGUCAAGGCUAAUAUUGGUCAUUUGGAGGCUGCAUCGGGUGCAGCGGCUCUGGCGAAGCUGCUCCUUAUGCUGCGCCACCGCUCCAUCCCUCGUCUUGUCUCGUUAAAGAACCUUAACCCGCGUAUCAAACCCCUUGCAUCAGACAAUGUUAUCAUUGAUACAAAGCAAGUCGGCUGGACCGUCCCCGACGAGAGUCUGCCCCGUGUCGCCCUCCUUAACAACUUUGGGGCUGCCGGUUCGAAUGGCGCUCUACUUCUUGAGGAGUAUAUCCCGAAGUCGUCCGGGAAGGAUACCGAGGUCUCUUCGACUUUCGUUGUCGGGCUGUCUGCUAAGAAUGAGCAGGCACUUGUCGAUCUGCGUGCGAGUUACAUUGAAUAUCUCCGUAGCUCUGCGAGCACAGGUGUCACCCUUGCCGAUAUCGCAUAUACUGCCACGGCUCGCCGACGUAUGUACUCUCACCGAUUCGCGGUCACUGCGAGAUCCAAGGAGGAGUUGGCGCACAAGCUCGAGCUAGCUUCGGGGAAAACUGUCACAGACAAUGCGCCAGGGAAGGUCGUGUUCGUGUUCUCGGGGCAAGGAGGCCAGUACCUUGGCAUGGGAUCUUCCCUUUACAAGACAUCGGCGCUCUUCAAGAACGCCACAGACGAGUGUGAGUCUUUCUUGAAGAAGAACAACUUCCCCGGAGUUCUACCUAUCAUCACUUCGGAUGGAGAGUCUAGCGGGUUGAUGCCUGUGGAAGAGUUCGAAGCGAAUCAGGCUGCAAUCUUUGCGCUUGAAUAUGGACUGGCGAAGCUUUGGAUGUCAUGGGGCGUCACUCCUACUGCUGUCGUCGGGCAUAGUCUGGGAGAAUAUGCAGCUCACGUUGUCGCCGGUGUACUCAGCCUUGAAAGCGCACUCACCCUAGUUGCUCAUCGAGUUCGUAUCAUGAUGCGUACAUGCGAACUUGACACUACGGGAAUGAUUGCCAUUAACCUUGCGUCUGGAGUAGUCACUGAAAUUCUUUCCUCAUCCCCCGACUUCUCUGGCAUAUCAAUUGCAUGCUACAAUAGUGCAACUGACUGCGUUGCCUCGGGACCAAUCGGACAGCUCGACGCCCUCAAGGCCCAUCUCGAUAAGGCCGUUCACUGCAAGAGCGUGCGUCUCAAAGUUCCGUUUGGAUACCAUAGUUCUGCUAUGCAACCGCUUCUUGAAGAGUUUGAAGUUCUUGCGAAACGCGUAGCGGUCCAUCCACCGAAACUUCCCGUUAUUUCAAAUCCUCUAGGCCGAGUAAUUCCUGCAGGAGACAAGUCCGCUUUCAACGCCGAAUACUAUCUCAGCCACUGUGCUGAUCCCGUCCAGUUUGAAAACGGUAUCAGUGCACUAAUCGAUGAUGCUUCAUUCACGGAUAUUGCCGCCUGGAUAGAGCUGGGUCCUCACCCUACAACGUUGCCUAUGCUCACCGUGCAUCCUGGCGUGUCAAAGGAAGCAUUACUAGUCAGCUCAUUGAAAAAACGACAGGAUGACAACGUCACACUUUCGUCGUCGCUUUCUCAGCUCUACACCUCCAGUGUCCUUGUUCGAUGGAGAGAUGUUUUCGCUGAUGUCUCAGCGGCUUGCGUCUCGCUUCCUUCCUACCCAUGGCAGAAAAGCAAGUUCUGGGUGGCAUGGAAGGAAGACUCGCCAGCUGCGGCCCCGCCCAUUGAAGGUUCACCCUCUUCUACUAAGGCCUUCCACCCUGUCAACGACUUUGGUAUGCUUCAGUCUUGGGCACAAUUCCCAUCCACCGCCAACAACCAGGUCGCUAUUUUUGAAACACCCAUAUCCCUCCUCAAAACCUCGAUUAUCGGUCACAUUGUAGGCGACGUUCCGUUAUGCCCAGCUUCUGUUUAUCACGAGUUGGCUCUCGCUGGGAUUGAAGCUACCAAGGCACAUCUAUCCCUACCCCUCCAAGGUAGCCAUAGCUCACUCUUCAACAUCGACUACGUGAAGCCUCUUGUUUACAGCAAAGACGUAGCUCGCGUCGUCAAGACAACUAUUACAAUAAACAUCGAUGGCUCUGGUCUCUUCACCGUCGAAUCAUAUGCUGAUUCGGAGCCGGAGUCUGUGCAUUGUUCAGGACAGUUCCGCCCAUUGCUAGUAGCAGAUACGACGACAAAGUUCAACCGUAUGGCUCCUGUCGUCAGUCGGAGGACCGCGGCUAUAUGCUCGGGAGAAGAUGGCGAAGCCGAAGUAUUUACGACCCGAACGGCGUAUGAGAUUAUCUUUACGAGGGUUGUCAAAUAUGCGAAGGAGUACCAUACGAUGAAGAGCGUUACGAUCAACAAGAACGGUAUGGAAGGGUAUGCCAUCGUCAAGCUCCCCAAGGACCACGACAAGAGCAAAUUUGUUGUUCAUCCCGUAUUCAUGGAUACGAUGCUCCACGUAGCCGGAUUCCUUGCGAAUAUGCAAGGCGGUGAUAACGACGCAUAUAUCUGCUCAAAGGUCAAGUCAGUCAAAGCAAUUCCAAGUUUGAUCAACAAUGAUGCGACGUACGGUGUGUUUGUCGUGAAUGCUUGGGUGGAAUCCGAAGGUAUCAUGUUGUCGGACGCCAUUGCCGUAGACAUCACGGGGCACGGCCAAAUUGUAGCGCAGCUCAAGGGCAUGUGCUUCAAGAAACUUCGCCUGAACACCCUUCAACGCAGUUUGGCUAUGCAUGCCGGUCAUAGUGCGCCACCGCCGGCCCAAAAGCGCUCCGUUACACUGGCUGCUCCCAAGCCCAAGAUCACCGAGGUUGCACCUGCUCUUGGACCCCGCUCCUCUCCCGCUAAACCCUCCGUCGAUGUCCAGAGCAUAGUACUUCACACCGUUGGCGACACAUGUGGCAUCGAGGUCUCGGCGCUUGACGUAAACGCGGAUCUCGAGACUUACGGCGUUGAUUCCCUCAUGUCCAUCGAGAUCUUGCGCAAGUUUGAAGAGUCUUUCCCUCAAAUGCAAUUUGACGCGACUAUCUUUAGUACUUGCAACAAUAUAACGGAACUCGUGCGCGAGAUCUCGUCCACAGCUGGAUCGCAAGCCACCACUGCAGUUCCUUCCCCGGAGACGGCAUCUACUCCAGAACCUACUCUGCAGGGUGAUGCACCUCAGUCUGCUGACGUUCGUUCCAUCCUGCUGGAACUCAUAUCCUCCUUCACUGGCUUUGAAAUAUCAAAACUUGAUCUGAACGCGGAUGCAGAUACCGCCUACGGCUUGGAUAAGUUCCUCUUCAUCCCCCUCUUCAGUAAACUCCAGACGUUCUUCCCUGAUAUUACCCUCGAUCCUGCCAAACCUUCUGUCUGCAGCACUAUUGGAGAGCUCUUGGAUGAGGUCACAGCACAGGUCCAAGCAGGGCCAUUGUCCAGCUCUGAUCUGGUUGAUACAAAGCCCAUGUUCGUGUCUGUUCUUGGAUUGGAUGAGUCGGAUAUUCAAGACGAUACGGAGUUUGAGACCAUUGGGCUCGACUCCCUGACAGCUAUCGAGGCACUUCAUGCUAUCCAGACCAAAUAUGGUCUCGAACUCCCGUCCAAUCUCUUUGAGUUACACACUACGGUGAAGGCAGUUAACCAGUAUAUCUCUUCCAAGCGACCAGGAAAGUUGCCGAAGCCUGUCGAAGAAACGGCGAUGGAUCCUGAUAAGGAAGAAGAUCUUUCUGAUCUUACUCCUGAGCAGGUUCAGUCGGUCGUCCGGGUUUUGCGACUCGACGAGGUGCCUAUGUCUGUGCAGAAGUCGUCUAGUAGUGGAUCUCCACUCUUCCUUUUCCAUGAUGGCAGUGGAGCGGUGAAUUACCUUCGUCGCUUGGGCUCCAUUGACCGCGAAUUCUGGGGAUUUAAUAAUCCAAAUUAUGCGACAGGUAAACCAUGGGGAUCUUUAGAAGCCAUGGCGUCUGCUUACGCCGACUAUGCUGUGAAAGUUGCUGGUUCUAGGCCCGUGAUAUUUGGUGGUUGGUCCUUUGGCGGUGUUGUCGGAUUUGAAGCAGCGCGACAACUAAUGAGGAGAGGAGUCCCUGUGAAGGGUGUUGUACUCAUCGAUUCUCCGUUCCCUGUAGACCACGUCCCUUCAUCAAAUGAGUUCAUGGCGGUGACUGCGGGUGCCUUUACGCGGGGUGGGCGCACCCCAAUUGGACGGAUGAUGUGGAAGCAGCUGCAGCAAAACGCGCCGUUGUUGAAGACAUACGAUCCUAGAAUUGCUGGCAGGCCGUACCCUCCCUUGGUGUUGCUGCAUAAUAAGGAAGGGAUCCCACCUGAUGCGUUCUUGCCGUACCCUGUUCCCCGGUGGAUGUCGGAGAAGGGGACGAACCCGUGUCAUUUGGCUGAUGAGUGGUCGGGGCUGGUGGGCGCACCAAUUAAGGUGAUACACCUUCCUGGGACGCACUUUACGACCUUUGCUACCCCUCAUUUGGGAGCUGUGACUCAGGCACUUAUUGAUGGAUGUGCGUAUCUGGAUGAGCUUUGACUUAGGAAGACUCUGCUGCAGCGUCGUGGUAGUUUAUUUUAUGGAUCCAUUUGAUAGAUAGCCGCUUUAUUUAAAUAAUGUGUUAAAUAGCCAAAAAUGGAUUUUCGCGCCCCAAACCAACUUGAAGAUGUAGCAUGGGCUACCUUUUCCGCCUUUCAUCUCAGGCUUCAGCUUCAGGCCUCAGAAAGUAAGCUUCCGG